AUGAGCAGAAAAACUUGCAUUUAUAUUAUCAUCUAUAUAUCUUAUAUUAUAAUAAAUAAUACAGAGCAAUGUAAGAUAGGAGAUAAUUGCAAUAGUUGUAAUUUUACAAUACCUGGAGAUAAAUGUCAAGAUAAUGAAAACAACAAAAAAGCAUUUUUUUGUGAUUCAAGAACAAAAAAAAUUAAUGUUCUUGAUACUUCAUAUUUAGAAUGUGAUAGUAUGAAUAAAGUUUAUUCAUUAAAAUCAUGUUAUAGAAAUGAAAAAUUUAUUGAAGGAAAAUGUCAAAUUCCAAAAGAAAGAAGAAAACGUCAAGGUAUUUCUGGAAGUGGUAGAGUAGGUGAUUUUUGUUCAUUUAAUACUGACUGUCUUGCUGGAAUGUUUUGUUCAACUGGAACAUGUGCUUGCCUUUCCAAUUUUGUCGCAAUUCAAGGAUAUUGUUAUUUAAAAAAAAAUCCUGGUGAAUCUGGUUGCCAAUAUUCUGAACAAUGUUCUGCUAUAUGGCCAGAAUCACGUUGUGAAAAAAGUAGAUGUGUUUGUCCAGAAAAUGUUAAUGGAAUUCCAUAUGUUAUGUCAAAAACUAGAGAUGGAGUUGUUUGUAUACUUCAUUCUGGUGAAGAUACAGAUGUCAUACCUAAAUGUCCUCUUCCUGAGUAUGAUGAUGAUUUAUUAACAAUGCCUGUCUCACAAUUACGUAAUCCUGCUAUGACUGAUCCAGAUGAUCAUGAUAUUCCAAUGGGUGAACAUAUUAAUCCACUUCAAUUUUGUAAUUCAAAAAAUACUGAUUAUACAAGUUUUCUUCCAAAUGGUGGUGGAGCAUGUGUUUAUGGUCAAGAACCAUUUACACCAGGAAAUGGAAUUUAUAUAGGAGAUAUUUAUGAUUGUAUAGGAGCUCCAACAUCAAUGUCUAAUGUAAAAAAUGCUAUGGAAGGAAUUUAUGAUAUUCAUAGUGAUUCUGAUGGAAUUUGUUGUCCAUCAAGAGCAUUUACUUGUAUACAACCAAAACGUGAAGCUGACUCUGGAUCAGCUGCACCAGCUGGUGUUAGACCACGUUGGUGGUUUAAUUCUGUGACUGGAAAUUGUGAACAAUUUAUGUGGGAUCCAUGGGAUGAAAGUGAAUUACAAUCUUCAAAUAAUUUUAAAACAAGAGAACAUUGUGAAUCAUAUUGUUUAUUUACAUGUAAACGUGGUGGACCUCAAUAUUUAUCUGGAUCUGUAGUAAAUCAAGAUGAACCAAUUAAUAAUUGUCAAUCAACUGGAACAUGUGGUGGUAAUUUUGAAUGUAUUUCUAUUGGUUCAAUGCAACUUUGUUGUCCAACAGUUGCUUCUAUUUGUAGUAAUGCUGGUGGACGUCCAAUGGAUCUUUUAAGAACAACUAAUUUUGAUCCAGGAUAUACAAUGAAAAGAACACAUUCAUUAAAUUUUGCUACCUCUUCAAGGUAUUAUUAUGAUGCUGAACAAGGUAGAUGUAUACCAUUUACAUAUAAUGGAGCUUUUGGAUCAUUUAAUAAUUUUAAAUCAUCAGCUGAAUGUGAAUUAUUUUGUGCUAAACUUCAAUGUUCAUAUGGAUCACCAUUAAAAAUUGGUUCUUCAAAUCAAAAAUGUUCUUCAAAUGCAGAAUGUCCAAGUAGUCAUGAUUGUAAUGCUGAACAUGGUGUAUGUUGUCCUAGACCACAAGCAAUAUGUAGUCAACCACUUCGUCUUGGUGAUUGUAAACAAUCAAUUAGACGAUUUUAUUAUAAUGCUAUUUCAAAAGCAUGUGAAAAUUUUGAAUAUACUGGAUGUCAAGGAAAUGAUAAUAAUUUUGAAACAUUAUUAGAUUGUCAAAAUACAUGUGAAAAUAUUAGUCCAGAACCACAAUGUCCACAAGGUGAUGCUUAUAAAGAUUAUCAAGGAAAUUAUUAUGUAUGUUCAAAUUCUGGAACAGGUAAUUCAUGUCCUGUUAAUUUUGAAUGUUAUUUUGAUAACCAUGUUUGGGGUUGUUGUCCAACAAAAGCCUAUACAUGUUCAUUACCAAGUCAUAAAGGAGUUCAAUGUGGAUCUGGAUCAAGUUAUCGUUAUUAUUAUGAUUCUCAAAAUCAAGAAUGUGCUAGUUUUAAAUAUAAUGGUUGUGAUGGAAAUUCAAAUAAUUUUGCUACUAGAGAAGAAUGUGAAUCAUAUUGUGGAGUAGCUAAUUGUCCUAACGGUGGAACACCUCAUAGAAACGAAUUUGGACAAUUAACAGUAUGUUCAGCAUCUAAUACAUGUCCAUCAACUCAUGAAUGUACUGUUAUCAGUAGUGGAUCAUCUGUUGUAAAUAGAUGUUGUCCUACAAGAAAUUAUAUAUGUUCAUUACCACCACAACAAGGAUCAUCAUGUAGUUCUUCACAAGCUAUAAGAUAUUAUUUUAAUAUUGUAACAAAAGAAUGUUCACAAUUUACAUUUAAUGGAUGUAAUGGAAAUUUAAAUAAUUGGAUUUCACUUGAACAAUGUAAUAGUUUUUGUCGAUCAUCAGCAUGUUCACCAGGUGAUGUUGCUUAUGUAAAUCCAAAUACAAAUCUUCCUUAUGAAUGUAACCCUUCAUUAAUUAAUUCAUGUCCAAUUAAUUUUCAAUGUACAUAUGAUCAACUAACAGGAUCAUCAGUAUGUUGUGGAGCAUCAGGAAUGGAUGUAUGUCCUGAUGGAGAGAAAGCAUUUGUUAAUGCUGCAGAUAAUAGUGUCAGAGAAUGUCUUGUUAAUGUUGAAGGUUCAUGUCCAUCAAAUUAUCUUUGUAGAUUUAAUUCAUUAAAAAAUAGAUAUUAUUGUUGCAGUAAUAUUAAAGGUGAUCUUUGUCCACAAGGAAAAUCUGUAUUUAGAGAUAUAACAAAUAAAAAUCCAAUGAGAUGUACAAUUGGAGGAAAUCAAUGUAGUAAUGGAUAUAGUUGUCAAUCAACAAUACCUGGAGCUUUUCAAGGUUACUGUUGUUCAAAUAAUCAUAUUUGCCCUGAUAAAGGUGAAUUUUUUGUUGAAGAAAGUAAUCAAAUGCCAAGAUCAUGUACAAUUGGAGCAUUUAUAACAUGUCCUAAUGGAUAUAGUUGUCAACAAAGUGCACCUGAUUCAAAUACUGGUUAUUGUUGUAAAGGUGAAAUAAUAUCAUUUUCUGGUGGAUGCCCACCAAAUGAAUAUGUUUAUAUGAAAGAUAAUGAAAUAGCUUCAUGUGAUCCAUUCAAUCCAUCAAAUGCUCCAUGUCCAUCAUCUUAUACAUGUCAAUGGAGUAAGAGUAAUAUGAGAUAUCAAUGUUGUAGUAGUACUAUACCAAUUCAGCAAUCAAAAUCAAUGGCUUCAUUAGGAUGUCCAAAUAAUCAGAUAGCUUAUAAAGAAUCAGGAAAUACACAAGCUAAAAUAUGUACUGCUGGUGGUAGUGAUUGUCCUUUGGGAUAUUUCUGUUUAUUUAUACCAUCACAAAAUCAAUAUCAAUGUUGUGGAAGUAUUGGUGGUUGUCCAAAUAAUUCAGUAGCAUUUAUUGGAAUGUCUGGAGAACCACAAGGUUGUUCACCGACAGUUAAUAAUUGUCCAAUUGGAUUUGGAUGUAUUAAAACAUCAACUGGAUCAUUUAUUUGUUGUACUAUUGAAGAAAUUAAAUGUUCUGAAAAUGAAGUAGAAAUUGAUGAGAAAUGUUUACCAAAAGUUAAUAUUGAUGAAAAAUGUAUUGAUACAAAACAAUGUCCUGAAAAUUUAAUAUGUCAUGAAGAAGUAUGUAAAUGCCCACCAAAUAUGGUAAUGAUUAAUGGAAAUUGUAAAUCGUCAUGUCCUUUACAUCAAAUAAUGAUUGAAAAUAAAUGUUAUGAUUACAAAGAAAUUGAAGAUGCAUGCCAAUUUGAAGAACAAUGUAAAAAUGGAAGUGAAUGUGACGAUGGAAUAUGUCUUUGUCCAGAAGGUACAGAUAUAAUUGAUGGGUUAUGUAAAAAAUCAAAGUUUUCUUCUAGACCAACUUCAACAAUACAGGUAAAUGGAAUUUGUCCCAUUUUAGGUCAAGUUCCUUUAACAGAUUUAUCAACAAAUAAAAUUAGAUAUUGUAAUCCAGGAAAAAAUACAUGUCCCAAAGGAUUUUCCUGCCAAUGGUCUCCAAGUAGUCAAAGAAAUAUUUGUUGUGGAAAGUCUUCAUUGUCAUCUAAUUCACUUUUAAGUGGAAAUUUAAGAUUAUCAAAAAAUACAAAAGUUAUACCAAGUCGAAUGAAUGUUUGUUUAAAUGGUAGUCCAUAUCUUGUUAAUGGAUUACCACAAUCAUGUUCCAAGAAUUCUUGUCCUUCUGGUUUCAAAUGUUUAUAUUCUAGAAAAGUAAAACAAUAUUUUUGUUGUAGUAGUGAAAAAACAAAAGAUAUAAAUGGUUGUCCAAGUGGGACGUUUUCAUUAUUAUUCCCAUCAACAGGGACACCAGUUCAAUGCUCUAAUAUGGGUCCAGAUUCUUGUCCAUCAGGAUAUCGAUGUACAAAAUCUUUGAAGUCAAAUAAUUAUCAAUGUUGUUCAGAAGGAUCAUCUAGAAGGUAUUCUCCAAGUAAAAUUAUUGAAGGAGUAAGUGCUUGUUCUUCAUCACAAGUACAAGUUUCAAAGAUACAGAAUAAUAGAAUUAUUAAAAAAUGUCUUAAUGAAUGUCCAAAAGGACAAAUAGCUGUGAAAGGAAUUUGCCAUGAAGCAUUAUUAAAUGAUGAUCCAUUAAAUGUUGAUUUAGAAGACUUUGAGACAAAUGACCUUUUUGAAGAACAUCCUUAUUCAGUAGCUAAUAAUAAAUUGUAA